AUGCCAAUCAGACCUGUACACACUCUGGUGCUGUGUGGCAACCAUUACUUGGAGUACAAGCAGCUGGAGGAGGACAAUCAACAGCAAGCCAGAAAGAAGACAAAUGAUUUCUCGCAAAAUAUUUUCAGCUGCAAAUCCUGCAUCUGGCUGUGUGGCAGCCAUUACUUGGAGUACAAGCAGCUGGAGGAGGACAAUCAACAGCAAGCCAGAAAGAAGACAAAUGAUUUCUCGCAAAAUAUUUUCAGCUGCAAAUCCUGCAUCUGGCUGUGUGGCAGCCAUUACUUGGAGUACAAGCAGCUGGAGGAGGACAAUCAACAGCAAGCCAGAAAGAAGACAAAUGAUUUCUCGCAAAAUAUUUUCAGCUGCAAAUCCUGCAUCUGGCUGUGUGGCAGCCAUUACUUGGAGUACAAGCAGCUGGAGGAGGACAAUCAACAGCAAGCCAGAAAGAAGACAAAUGAUUUCUCGCAAAAUAUUUUCAGCUGCAAAUCCUGCAUCUGGCUGUGUGGCAGCCAUUACUUGGAGUACAAGCAGCUGGAGGAGGACAAUCAACAGCAAGCCAGAAAGAAGACAAAUGAUUUCUCGCAAAAUAUUUUCAGCUGCAAAUCCUGCAUCUGGCUGUGUGGCAGCCAUUACUUGGAGUACAAGCAGCUGGAGGAGGACAAUCAACAGCAAGCCAGAAAGAAGACAAAUGAUUUCUCGCAAAAUAUUUUCAGCUGCAAAUCCUGCAUCUGGCUGUGUGGCAGCCAUUACUUGGAGUACAAGCAGCUGGAGGAGGACAAUCAACAGCAAGCAGAAAGAAGACAAAUGAUUUCUCGCAAAAUAUUUUCAGCUGCAAAUCCUGCAUCUGGUGAGUUCUUCAUUGUCGCUUCUUUUCCUGACGUCUUCAGUCAGUUUUGA